UUUUUAGGACACGCCAUUGUAACCUGUUGACAUGGCAACAAAAUAAUCUGUCAGUAACAACAUGACCACUUUCUCGUCCUUCAGAAAUCUGUACCCCAAGUUUGCAUCUCCCUGGGCGUCAGCACCGUGUCGACCCCAGGACAUCGACUUCCAUGUUCCAUCUGAGUAUUUAACCAACAUUCACAUAAGGGACAAGCUUGCUGCAAUCAAACUGUCUCGGUAUGGGGAGGACCUGCUUUUCUAUCUUUACUACAUGAACGGAGGAGACCUCCUCCAGCUGCUGGCAGCAGUAGAGCUCUUCAACCGGGACUGGCGGUACCACAAGGAGGAGCGUGUGUGGAUCACGCGGGCGCCGGGCAUGGAGCCCACUCUGAAGACCAACGCCUAUGAGAGAGGCACCUACUACUUCUUUGAUUGUCUUAACUGGAGGAAAGUAGCCAAGGAGUUUCAUCUGGAAUACGAGAAGCUAGAGGAGGGCCCCACGUGCCAUCCACCUUCAACUACAGCCCAGCUCAGCAAGCCUUCUGAGAGACUUCCUUCCCUCGUUCUCAGUCCACCAUGGGAUCCUAGACCUGAGUUCUGGUCCCUGGCCCUGGUUCCUCACAGCAGACAGACGGACAGACCUACAGACAGCGAAUGCCGGUGUGGCUGGCUCAGGCAUCACUGCUUUUAUUCCUCGACUACCGUCUG